AUGGCUACAGUAUCAAAUCCCGGCCCAGUAUAUUUCUGGCGUGAAACAGACCCAGCAACAGGAUACCUAUCACAAUGGUAUUAUUGUCCUUUCAGGGAUGACGAGGAUGAGAAAAAGACAUACAAAACAGCAGAGCAUUACAUGAUGCAUCAAAAGGCCAUCCUAUUCAACGACGAAGCCACUGCGCUUGAGGUCCUCAAGACAGGCCAUCCCCGAAAAGUCAAGUCUCUCGGCCGCCAGGUGAAGAACUUUGACGAAACAGUCUGGCUUAAGCAUCGGCGUGACAUAGUUCGAAAGGGCAACGUCCUCAAGUUCACACGUGCCAUCACAGAGGAGGGUUUCAAGAGAGGCACGCCUGGUGCAAAUCAACCAAGCUCAUUACACUGCCCCAUCGAUGGUUCCCUAGCAGAUAUGUUGAUCAACACGGGUGACAGAGAACUUGUCGAGGCUAGUCCGUUUGAUCGGGUUUGGGGCGUUGGGUUCAAAGCUGCAGAUGCAGAUGCUGCGAGAGACUCGUGGGGUGAGAAUUUGCUGGGUAAGGAGUUGAUGGAGGUUAGGGGGAUCUUGAAGGAGAGACGAGACGGCCAAGGAGCAUGA